UUUAUGUCAUUUUCGAAUUCGAAGCAAACACAAACCCUAACUUUCGAGUUCUCUCAUCUCGCGCGGUUCUCUCCGUUCUCGGCGCCGGUGCCGCCGCGUCUCGAGACUGUUCGUCCAUUGCACGGAGCCACGGAGCAAUUCCGUCGCACUCUAAGCCUGCAGCUUCAACACGCCGUCGCACCUGAAGCAGUUCCGUCGGACUCACGCCCUAGUCUCUGCAUCUUUGUUUUUCAGGUGCUUUUUUUGCUACAUUUUCAGUGAUGGGAAAGAUGCACAAGAAUAGGAAACAAGCUGGUGGGCAUGGAACUCCAAGAGAAGAAACCGAUAUGCAGGAACAAGAAAUGGACAUAAGGAAGAUUAUGAAAGAUGUGGAAAAUUUUAGCUACUCACAUAUGUCAUGGAAAGAACGCAAAAAGAUUGAAAAUAGAAAUGUUGUUUCUCUUGGUGGGAAGCCCCAAAAGAAUCAGAGAUUACCUUUAAGUGUGGCACGACCAAUGAUGAAGAAACAAAAGGAGAGGGAGCAGAAAAUGCUUCAAGAGCGUUUGAUUCUUGGACAAUUUGGGGGAAAACUUGGUGGUAGCAGUAAAAGAUCUGCUGGGAAGCACAAGCCAGAGAACAGGGGUCUGAAAUCAAGUGAAGGUCAUUUUAGAAAUGGCAUACUCAAUGUGAAGCAUUUGUUAAAUUCAGCACCAUCAAGAGAUCGUGAAACUGGAACUAAUAUGUCCAAUGCAUGGAAAGGGAAAGGUGGUAAGAAGAAAAAUAGUAACAAGGGUGGUGGUAAGAAGCACCGUUGAGCACGUCCUUGUGAAUAACGUGUUUUAGGAAUAUUCAGGAGUCAUUUUUUAAUAUGUAUGACCUUUAUAAAUCUAGUAUGACCCUUGGGUAAGCUUUUCAUUUUGACAGAGUGAAAUGGAUAGAAUAGAAAACAGGACAAUUAUGUCUUGUGCAUUCUGGUAAUUAUACAAUAUUAAACUUUCAUCUGUCAUUUUAUGAUUAUAUAUUAGUUUAUAAUUAUUAGAAUGCACUGUA